GCACAUCGGCUCUGACUUUCUCUGGGAUUGGCUGCGGUGAUUGCAUCUUCCUCAUCACUGCGUUUGAUCAGGCUUGAAGCUCCGGAGCUCCCUCCUCCUCCUCCUGCUGCUUUGCUUUGCUUGUUUUUGAAUUUUUAUUUUAUUUUUUUAAACAAGCAGCUCGUGUUUAUUAAAGUGCUGGCUUCUUCUUUAACCCCAGCAGGGUCAAUGUAUAUAGACGCGUUCAAACGGAUCCUCUUUGAAAGGCUGAACUGCUUGAAGAGAAUGUGUGUGUGUCAGCGGCAAGGCAGUUCGUUUGCCAUGUCUAAGACGGCGGUGAAGAAGCUGCACUGGCGGUCCAACGUGCAGGACACCUUCGUCCCUUUGCUGGGGACGUCAGCAGAGCUCGGGAUCUCUGUCGGUGGCGGGGCGGACUAUGGAGAGUUUCCUUUCAUCACGUCGGCUCCAGGCGGCGGCCUCACUGUGGGGGACAUCGUGCUAGAGAUCGGGGGAACCCCGGUACUCGGCAUGACGUUAGGAGAUGUUCGAGGAGUCCUCAACUCUUGUCCGCAUCCGAUCCGAAUCAAAACCGUCCCUCCAGGCUCCACACUGUGCAAGGAUCUCAGGUUAUAUCUGAGUAAGUGCUUCACACCCGGCUCGGUGGACAGCCAGCUUCAGCAGGUCAUCAGAGAGAACCUCUACCUCCGAGCGGUGCCCUGCACGACCCGGCAGCCCCGAGAGGGGGAAAUAUCAGGGRUAGACUACAAUUUUGUUUCCAUUGAGGAGUUCUUUUCGUUGGAGGAGUCCGGAGCGCUGCUCGAGAGCGGGAAGUUCAAAGGAAAUUAUUACGGCACGCCUCGGCCCGUUCACAUAAGUGCAGAGAGUCCUCCCAUCACCUACCAGGAACACCGCAACCUGCUCAGAAACUUUCGCACRCGGAGCAAAUCCCUCAGCAACCUGGAAAAAGCUGCGGACGAAGGCCUAAACUACGAGGACGACUCAGGAGGCUCUGGAGGUGUGAGAAACAACAUUCCUUUCAGCCGCCGGUCCCCCGGUCGGCCCCGGGCAUCCAGCAGCGGAGGUGAUGGUCAUGUUAUAGAGAAUGGGAUCAUCGGCAGCAGGAGAGGUGGCAGAAUCAGAGGGGUAAUGCCUGAUCACUGGGAGCAGGCUUUCAGUGACCCUGGAGAAACACUUGAAAUCGAGCGCAGCCCUAAAAGGACCAGCUGGCAGAGUCCUCGACGCUCAAGCAGGGAGACCCUCUACAAAAAUGAAUGGUUCACAGACCAGCCUGAAGAUCUCAGGGGUUUCCCUGUGCACGCACACUUGAUCAAAGGCUCCAGAGGGUUUGGUUUCAACAUCGUUGGCGGCAGCAGGCCGGGGGAGUUCCUCCAAGUGUACAGUGUCACGGCAAGUGGACCCUCAGCUCUCAAGACAGCGGACAUCCUGGUGUACAUCGAUGAUGUCUGCAUGUUGGGGGUGUCUCACAAAGAGGCUGUAGAGAUGCUCAAAUCUGUCCCCGUGGGCCGCGGCGUGGAUAUAGAGGUCAGACGGGGGUACCCCAUGCUCUUCAACCCCGACGGUCGUCUUAAGCAGCCCUCGCCCAGGUUACUGGACAGCGAGGAGCAUGCUCUGCCGCCCACCACCACCCAGCCUCAGUCUCUGCAUCAGCUACCUCGCCUGCCAGCAGCCACACCCCAGACCCAGCACUUUAACGGGCUCCACGGCGACGCGGGCUACAUGCAGCCAGGCGUGACUCUGGACGCCAACGGAAACGCCACGUCUUUCGCCUCCAGGCCGCCUCCGCCGUACCGACGCUCCAGUGUGAGCAACGCCACCAUGUCCUCCCCCAUCCUCCCGCCUCGGUUCCUGAAAAGCUUGGCCAGGCUGCAGUCACUUGAGCCGACGCUGGCCAGYCAGAGUGACAGUGAGGUUGUUUCUGCCAUCGGUUCACACAGGGCGUCGAUGAUACGCAACCACAACAACAACUCUCUUUCAACACCACCACAUCUUUUACGCUACGGAACUUCAAAGUCGUCCGAAAGUGACCUGUCCACGUGUACCGUCCUGGGGUCUCGCCUCCCACUGCCUGAGUCACCACAGAGGCCUUCCUCUUCCCCCAGCGGCCCCCGCAGCGCCCAAUCUCACCUCUUCGGACCCCACGCCUCCCACCUCAGACCUCCCUCCACCUCCGACAGCCCCCACCACCGCGCGUUUAACGGCUUCCAUGGCAGCACCAGCCCAACCGCCAGCCCCAGCAGCUUGUCCUCGCCUGGGGCGAUGAGCGUGGGCAGYGGGUUCGGGAGUUUCAGCGGCGGGGAGCUGGUCCCAGUGGCCUUAGCACAGACGGAGGAAGGCAGAGGCCUCGGCUUCAGCCUGAUGGCUGGGGGCCCCGGGGGCAACGUGACUGUAGUGGAGAGAGUCUGGGACAGGAAGCAGUGCAACUCCCUGCAGCCAGGGGAUGCUGUUGUCAAAAUCAACGGAGCAGAUGUUCAGAGUCUGAGCCAUGCACAGAUAAAAGCAGUUCUGCAGGAGCACACCAAACAGGGAGAAGUGAUCCUUCUGGUUUACAGAGGAGGCAAUUAUCAUUCAGUCUCUCCCGCCUCCUUUCGGAGACUCCCUCCACCGCUCCUGCGCCCCCCACCUCCUCCCGUUGGCUCGGACAGCUCCUCUGUGGUCCCAGAAGUGCUUCCCCGGCCCCGGACCUCCACGGACACGCCUCCCUCUCCGCUGCCCGUGAGCUCCUCGCUGAUCCAGAGCACCAGUUUCUUGGAGUCGGUUCCAGUGACCCUGACCAUGGAGCCCAAAGACUGGAUUGAUAUCGGUCUGGAGGACGAGGCUGGCGGUGCGUCGGUGCCUAACGCAGGUCCGGAGGUAACGAGAGGGGACCGGACCCGACACUUCAAAGGGUUUGAGGUGGAGCUGAAGAGAAAGCCGGGAGAAGGCUUUGGGUUCGUCAUUGCGUCUCAGGAAGUGAAGAACGGCAAAGCUGCGUCCCUUUUCCCCCAUCGUUUCGUGACCAUCCGGCGGGGCAGCCCGGCAGCGAAGAGCGGCCAGAUCCGAGCUGGGGAUCGUUUGGAGGCUGUGGAGGGGAGGCCGGUGGGGACCGUGCCCCAUCGGGAGCUCUCGCAGAUUCUCCGCCGAGCAGGAAACACUCUGCGGCUGACCAUUGUCCCACGCCCCAGCACCUAUUCCUCGAACCUCACAGAAACUGCUGAACAUGACCACGGCCACAGAGGCAGAAAGGGUCAGAGGUCACGCCCUAAGCGUGACUCAAGGUACUACAGUGUAGAUCUGGAUCGGGGCCCCUCAGGUUUUGGCUUCAGCCUUCGAGGAGGAAGUGAGUACAACAUGGGCCUCUACGUCCUGGGACUGAUGAAGGGGGGACCAGCCUCACGGAGCAAAAAAAUACAAGUGAGCGAUCAGCUGGUGGAGAUAAACGGGGACAGUACGGCCGGGAUGACCCACAGUCAGGCUGUCGAGAUGAUCCGCAGAGGAGGCCAACGCAUCCACCUGGUUCUCAAGAGAGGAAACGGCUACGUGCCCGAUUAUGCCCUUGAGCACAGACUCACCUCCCCCUCCCUCCUGUACAACCCCAGAAAGCAGAGUGUGGCUACAGUGACCUCCACCAUCAGGAGGGGGCCCAGCGCCAUGCAGAGGAGGCGAAGCAGGUCGCAAGGGGACGAGAGGGGGACCGGGACGAGAACAAGGAGAAUGAGACGACGGAGCUCAGUAGGAGAGCGCUCCGUUUUACAAAACCCUAUUUCUGAGCGGAGAGCGAGGUCUCGGGAGGACCGGGGCGCCAGGAGGAAAAUAAGAUCUCAGAGUUUACCCAGAGAUGUUACCAGGGCAUAUGAGGAUGACGAGGAGGAGGAGGAGGCGGGGACGGCGAGGGGCAGGAGAGGAUAUGAGGAGAGGGGGAGGAGCAGAAAUGCAGAGAGAAGAAGCAGGAGCAGGAAGAGCGAGGUGACCGUAAAGAGUGAGGAGUUCGAAGAAGAGGAGAAGCAGAGGGCACGUGCCGUUGAGGAAAGGGUGGAUAGGAGGUUAGAAGAGAGGCGAGGAAGAGUCCUGUUUGAAGAAAGCGAAGACGAUGCUUUCCUUCUGAUCCCAAACCAAACCCGAAAGCUUCCCAGACCCAACAAGAACUGGGAGGCGGAGUCUGAAGAGGACUGGGGCGUGGCCAGGAGGUACAGGGAACUGAAGAGGGAGAAGGAGCGGGAGGACUUUCAGAGCGACAGCACGCUGCUACAUGAUGAUGAUGAUGAUGACGAUGAUGAUGAUGACGAUGAAGAAGACGAAAACCACAACGCACGCUCUGUGAGCUUUGAGAAUCCUUUACCAGGCGCUGCUCUCACAGAUCCAGCGUCACACAGAAAGUCCUUCUCCUUCCUCACCUCCUCGCUGUCUAUGAAGCAGCUGGGGGACACCGAGUCCGAGUCUGAAGGCAGCCAAUCAGGCAGCAGCCUUUCUGCCGCCACUGUUUCAGGCCUGUCUGCGGCCCGCAGGGUGCAGCCGGGCCCCUGGCUCACACCCACCCAGCGGAGGCUGGCUUUAGAGGAGCGCAGGUGGGGAAGAAGAAGCACCGUCUCUUGAACUUUUUAAUUGGGGAACUAAAACACGCAGCAGCUAAAUGAUUCUGAUUCAGUCAGGCUUGUAUUCUGCAACAUUUCCUCAGAGUCACUUUAAAACCUGCAGUAAAACUCUUAUUCUUUGUGCCUUUUUGCAGCUGAUCUCUGGCUGACGUUGAAUUACUUUUCAGUUUGUAAAGUGGCAUCUCUCUCCCUCCCGACAAGCACCGCCGCCAUUCUCACCGGGUUUUGCUUUGUGUCGUCGCUCACCUAUCAGCUCCAGUCAGGCCGUCUACCAUUUACCUGCUGGAAGGCAUCAAAGAGUUUUUUACCUCACCGAGAUACUGAGCAAUAAAACUGCAGCGUUCAUAUCCAUGUGGUCUGAGUCAGUAAAACCUGUUUGUACCGCUUCCUCUGUGUGUGUCCCAACAUUUGUCUCUACUCGUGACAUUACUCCAUAUAACCAGAUGUUUGAUUGUGAUGAUGCAAUCCCUUUUGGAAGCAGGUGUGAAAUCUAUAUCUAUAUCCUGUAAAUAUCUUUAGAGAAAUUAGUAUAUUGUAAAUGCUACACGUAAAAAAGCCCCGGUUUGUAUGACUACUGUAACACUCAUAACAAGAUUAUAUAUUUGAAUAUAUGCAGUAAAAGAUAUAUAAAAUAUGUGACGUAAAAAUUUGAUCCCCAGCUCAAUAUUUAAAAGACACAUUUAGGACCCGACCUCGUCAUACAUGAAUGUUUUGUAAAAAAAAAAAGAAAAACGCUGCUUGAGUUUGUUUCAGACGUUCUUGUAUACACAAGAAAUCAGCAAAAGAUGCCAAAAAAAGAUAUGCAUCUGACGUGCAUAUUUCCUGUACUGUUAAAAUGGUGUAUGUGGGGUUAGAAUCAAACCACCGUCUAGAUUCCAGAGAGUGCUGUGCCCAUCGUGCCACGUACUGUUGCCUUGGUAACAAACCACUUUAUCCUAACCACUGAUGUUUUUUUCUUUUCUUACUGUAACAAUCUUUUUUUGCUCCGAGGUGUCUAUUAUGAGAGAUGGGUGGGCCGUUAAGUAAUUUCAGCCAUGCCAAAAAAACAAAGACAAACCUGCAGAAUCUCUGAUAUGACGGAAUAACACAUCGUUUUAUGUUGCUGACUUUAAAAAAAAAAGAAAACCUUCUCUUAUGAACAAAACACGUAGGAGCUAAGCUGAACGAAUACUGUGAGAUGUUAUUUUUCUAUGAAAUCUUUUGAUAAACUCAGGUUUUCUGAUACUUUGCUCUAUAGAUAAGCCAUUAAGGAGGAUAAGCAAACGAGUGACUUCGCAUCGUUUUCAUCCCACAAAGUGAACUCACUUUAUUUAAACAUCAAAAGCAAUAUUCAGUUGAUUUAUUACAGCAGCACUGGGAGGCACAGACUGUUAUUAUCAUUUUGAUUUCAUUUCAGUCAUACCCUCUGAAUGAAAUCAGAUUGCUUGGCAUGGCCACUUUAUUGGUUAAGAAUGAGUAUAUAUUAAAAUAAAAAAAACCUAACCAAACACUGUAUUCACCACCCAAUAAUGACCAGACAGUGGUAGCUUCUGUGGAAGACUUGUUUUUUUGUAAAGUUUGCAAUAUUUUUUACGUUUGUUUUGAAAAGAGUGAACGUUUAGAUGAACUGUAAAGUGCAAAUAAAGUGCUGAGAUAAA